GAGCGCACGGAGAGGAGAGCAGACCGGAGAGCAGUGGCGAGGCAGCAGCGCCGCUGACACAAGUGGCGGGACCGAGCAGUCAUUCCCACCACCUCUACCACAGCUUCAGCCGGCUGCAGCUUUCUCACAAACACUGGAACUAGAGAGGCUUUACAGCCACACCACUGGCUUUGGACUUCAUCUGCAGAUCCUGUGCUGGAGUAGCGGAGGGGGGUUCUUAUUUCCCCCCACCCACCAACACCAUCGUGGACGGAGGAGUUGCGUGUGUUUGUGCGUGUUACGCCGUGUCUACUCUGUAAUGGGCAAAAGUGGACUGAGGAGUGGAGUAGCGCCGGGGGGUUCUUGUCUGGUGAGAAUGUUCGCCACGCCGGGGAUCCUGGUUCUUUUGGUGCUUGCACACGCAGGAGUCGCUCAAGUGAGGGAUGAGGACGAUUUCCUUAGCCUGAGUGAACUCCCUGAAACCUUCCCCUCCGACCCUCCAGAGCCUUUGCCUCACUUCUUGUUCGAACCCGAGGAAGGCUACAUCGUCAAGAAUAAGCCUGUGAAUCUGUACUGCAAAGCGACGCCUGCCACACAGAUUUACUUCAAAUGCAACAGCGAGUGGGUUCAUCAGAAAGACCACACAGUAGAGGAGAGAGUUGAUGAAAAUUCAGGUCUAGUUGUAAGAGAAGCCAGUAUAGAAAUAACGCGGCAGCAAGUGGAGGAGCUUUUUGGUCCUGAAGAUUAUUGGUGUCAGUGUGUGGCCUGGAGCUCCGCUGGAACCACCAAAAGCCGCAAGGCACAUGUCCGAAUUGCAUACCUGAAAAAAUCAUUUGAACAAGAACCCCUUGGAAAAGAAGUGUCAUUGGAGCAGGAGGUGCUGCUACAGUGUCGUCCUCCGGAGGGCAUCCCGGCUGCUGAGGUGGAGUGGUUAAAGAAUGAAGAAAUAAUCGACCCAGCAGAAGACAGAAACUUUUACAUCACAAUUGACCAUAACUUGAUCAUUAAGCAGGCACGUCUGUCUGACACAGCCAACUACACAUGUGUAGCUAAGAACAUUGUGGCCAAGAGACGAAGUACGACAGCCACCGUUAUUGUUUAUGUAAACGGUGGCUGGUCAACAUGGACAGAGUGGUCCCCUUGUAACAGUCGCUGUGGACGAGGCUUCCAGAAACGAACCAGGAGCUGCACCAACCCCGCUCCUCUUAAUGGAGGAUUGCCUUGUGACGGACAGGCCAUACAGAAGCUGCCCUGCACCACACUGUGCACUGUGGAUGGAGUCUGGACAGACUGGAGUAAGUGGUCAGCCUGCGGGACAGAGUGCACUCAGUACAGGAGAAGAGAGUGCAACAACCCUGCACCUAAAAAUGGUGGAAAGGAUUGUGAGGGCCUGGUGCUCCAGUCUCAGAACUGUACCGAUGGGCUCUGUAUGCAAAGUUCAUUGUUUCAGAAGUCCACUGAGCCCAAAGAACAGAGUGCUUUGGGAAUUCCAUCUGCCCCGAGUACAGACGAUGUGGCUCUCUAUGUGGGUAUUGUCAUCGCCGUGAUUAUGUGCCUGUUCAUCUCUGCUAUCGUGGCGCUCUUUGUAUAUCGCAAGACGCACCGUGACUUUGACUCGGACAUCAUUGACACUUCAGCACUGAAUGGAGGCUUCCAGUCUGUUAAUAUAAAGACAGCCAGAUCAGCUGACCUACUGACUGCCCCUCCAGAUCUGACAAAUGCAGCUGCUAUGUAUCGUGGCCCAGUUUAUGCGCUUCACGACGUGUCUGAUAAAAUCCCGAUGACCAACUCCCCCCUCCUGGAUCCUCUUCCUAACCUGAAGAUCAAAGUCUACAACUCAUCAGGUCUGGUCACACCACCAGAUGACCUCGGUGGGGACUUCACCUCAAAAUUGUCUCCUAAGGUUACUCAGUCUCUGUUGGAUAACAGUGACAGCAUAAACAUUCGCAGCCAGAGUUUAGCCCGGACAAGAGAUCCCUCCUGCACUGCUCACGGAUCCUUCAAUAGUCAGGGAGGACACCUCAUCGUACCCAACUCAGGUGUAAGCUUGUUGGUGCCAGCAGGCGCCGUCCCACCGGGCAGAGUGUAUGAGAUGCAUGUGACCGUGCACAGAAAGGACAGCUUAAGACCCCCGGUUGAAGACAUCCAGACAGUUCUCAGCCCAGUGGUGAGUUGUGGACCCCCAGGAGUCCUGCUGACUAGACCAGUGAUCCUCACUAUCCACCACUGCGCAGACAAUGUCCACGAAGACUGGCUCAUACAGCUCAAGAACCAGCUGCCCAUGGGGGAAUGGGAGGAUGUGGUUGUGGUGGGAGAGGAAAACUUCACCACUCCCUGUUAUGUGCAGAUGGAUUUGGAGGCAUGUCACAUUUUGACAGAGACACUGGGGACGUACUGCCUGGUGGGCCAGUCAAUAGGCAAAGCAGCUGCUAAGAGGCUCAAACUGGCAGUUUUUGGGCCCGUUUCAUGCACAACUUUGGACUAUCACAUCAGGAUUUAUUGUUUGGACGACACUCAGGACGCACUUAAGGAGGUUCUUCAGAUGGAGACCCAAAUGGGAGGGAAGCUACUGGACGAGCCAAAGACUCUGAACUUCAAAGACAGCACACACAAUCUGAGACUGUCAAUCCAUGAUGUGCCACACACACACUGGAAGAGUAAACUUAUUGCAAAAUAUCAGGAGAUACCUUUUUACCAGGUGUGGAGUGGAUGCCAGAGAACUCUUCACUCCACCUUCACGCUGGAGAGACUGAGCUCAGCCACCACAGAGAUCAGCUGCAAGCUCUGUGUUCGGCAGGUAGAAGGAGAAGGCCAAAUCUUUCAGAUCAGCAGCACAUUAGAAGAGGAAGUCCAGUGCAUAGACACAUCCCUGAUGGACCCUGCCAGUAAUAUCACAACCUUAAUGGGGCCUAAUGCCUUCCGUAUUCCUUUAUCCAUCAGACACAAGUUGUGUGGCAGUUUGGAUGCACCACAGACCAGAGGCAACGACUGGAGGAUGUUGGCUCACAAACUCAACCUUGACAGAUACCUGAACUACUUUGCCACCAAGUCCAGUCCUACAGGUGUCAUCCUGGAUCUCUGGGAAGCCCAACAUUUUCCCGACGGAGAUCUAAAUGAACUGGCCGCUGUGCUGGAAGAAAUGGGCCGUCACGACAGCAGCCUUGCCUCCAUGACAUCAGAACACUAGCAAAGGAGCAUUUUUAUUACGACGGCAAAACUCCAGAGAAUUACAUGUGGAUUGUCCGUGGUUGGUACUGCGGACAGCCCGAUUGGAUGCAAAAUCAAAGAAAAGUUGUCGCCAUGGUGAUUGAGCAGCACCGUUUAAAUACCGUGGUGAUUAAGCAGUCGCAGUGAAAGAAAUGGGUGCUCAAGCAGGUGCUGAUGUGUAUCAGUGUGUGACUUUUUGGGAGUCAUAAAUACAAGAGAGAUAAAUCUGCAUCAGGAGUGAAGGUAAUAUAUACACGUCUAAAAAUAAAUAAAAAAAAUCACAUUUUCUCCCAAGCAGUUACUUUCUUGCUCGUAUGAUGAACAGGGACAGGAAAAAAAAGGGAAGCAGAAAUGGAGAUACUGACCUUGAAAUCAAGUAUAGGAAGGAAACGGAAUCAUAAAGGAAGCAAAGGUAAACCAAUUACAGA